AUGGCAGAGGAGGAGAAUCGGCCUUUGCUUGAGCUUAUAAACUCUAAAGAUUUCGACAUUCCUCAGUGUCUCAAGUAUUUAAGAAUCCACACAAAAACUAUAGGUAUACACCACUUCCUCAUUCUGAAACUAUCCACCUACAGUUAUGAAGAAAUCGAGUUUUACAUUCCCCAAUUCAUUCAACUACUUGUUUCUUUCGAAACCAAUUCUAUGGCCUUAGAAGACUUUUUGUUGGACUUCUCUUCGUUAUUCCCUCAUUUCAGUCUUAUCGUGUUCUGGAAUUUACAGGCUUAUGUAUUUGAACUUCGAAAUGAUCCCGAAUCUUAUUCAUUUCAAACUGUCCGGAGAUUCAUUAAUCAGCUCCAAAAUAUAAUGUUUAACUCAGAUCUCCCGGUUAAGAAUCCUCAUGAAUUUCGGGAAAAUCUUCACCCUGGGUUAGUUACAAUCGGUUCAAUUGCUGCUUCUUUUGCAUUACCCAAUAGCACCUACUAUACUUUGCCUGUUAUUAAAUCCCAAUCAAAACAACAGAAAGCUUUUGUUUUUCAUCUUGCUAACUUUCAGAAAGCACUAACGAAGAACUUAACCUUGAAGAACCUGCGUAUUUCUUCUGAGUCAAUAGACGAUGCGUCCUUGAAACUUCCACAGAAACCAGCCUCAAUUUCUCUGCCAAAAGUCUCUCAGACUUUCGGAUAUUCAUCAGAGAGAAACAGUAUGGUAUUGACUGGUGAAGAUGGAAUUAUUUCUUCAGAUGAUGAAGAAAGAAUGUCACUGGACUCCAUACGGCCUUCAAAUUACACCGGUUCCAAGACAUUGAAUGAAAUCGAGGAAGCUUUAAAAAUUAAUACAACAAUUAAGUCAAAGAAGAGCACUGGUCAAUUAUCCAGGCACAGAAGUCUUGAGCUUAUUCAGUCUCCUAAACCAAAUACGUUAUCCCAGUCCUUGCCUGAUUUAAGGGAAUCACAAGGCUCCCCUGUAAGGCCAUAUAUCUCCCCCGCCGAGUCAGAAACUUCUUUAAAUUUGCCUCAUUACAAUUCUGUUAACUCUAAAGAGAGUAUAUUACCAAAUUACUCACUGGCUAGCUUUCAUUCUCAACAAAGAAUGCUUUUUGCCAAUUAUGCUAGGAAGGAGACCGAUUUCAUAAUGUCCUUGCAAAAUGUAUCUUUCAGGCUUUCUCAAAUUCCCAAGGAAGCACGAUUAUCUGCUCUCCGUGCAGAAUUAUCAAUGAUAAAUGAUACCAUAUUGCCUGCUGAAAUCGACAUCCCCCAGCUUCUUCCCUUGACUAGCAAUAGGAAUAAGAAGUACCACAAGAUUUUGAAACUUAAUGUGAAUGAGGCAUGUGUUCUCAAUUCCGCUGAAAGAGUCCCAUUUUUGCUACUCAUUGAAUAUUUAAGUGAUGAGUUUGACUUUGAUCCUUCCAGUGAAGCAAAUCUUAGAAUAAUCAAUAGCCAGCUUUCACGAAGCAGCUUUGAGAAGUCAACCAGUGUGACUAAAAGAGAUAUUGGUCCAUAUUCAGCGGUGAACUUGGAAAAUGAUGAAGGAGAUCCAAGUUCUGAUACUACCGGGUCAAUGGUUAAUGAAGAAACUGACUUAGGUGAUUUGAAAGACCUCAAUAAUUGGAAAAGUGAACAGGAUUUGAAUAAGUUAAAACUUCUUGAAGGACAAAAUAUUAGGAAUGAAGAGUUGCGUGGUAGCAGCCCUCAACUUACUGAUGUCCCUUCCAAGGUUUUAGCAAAUCAAAUGAGAAUAGCAUCGGUUAUGUUGCAACAACUUGAAGACGCAGGAAAGGAAAAUACUGAACAAUCAGCUUCUAUUAGAAAUAGAAUAAUUCAGUCUAUGAUAUCUCUACAGGACCAAUUUGAGGCUAUCAAUUAUGAGAAACUCAAUGAAUUGAAGGGUGAUGAUCCGGAUGCUGGAGAAAGAAAAAUGGAAAAUGAUUUCAAACUAGGAGAAGACUGGUUGAAGAAGAAAAUGAGAAUCAAAAAGGCAAGCGUCUACGGACACUUGAAGAACUGGGACUUGUGUUCAGUUAUCGCCAAAAAUGGUGAUGACUUACCGCAAGAAGCAUUUGCUUGUCAAUUGAUCACUAUUGUUUCCAACAUUUGGAAAGCCGAGGAAGUACCAGCUUGGACAAAGAAAAUGAGAAUUUUAAUCACAAGCGCUAAUACAGGGUUAGUUGAAACGAUCAAUAAUGCCAUGUCAAUUCACUCUAUAAAAAAAUCUUUAACCGAGCAUUCAAUAGCUGGUGGUGAUAAUUCUAAAGGAAGAAUUUUUAGCCUUCUGGAUUAUUUUGAGAAGUUGUUUGGCCCAACCUCUCUAUCGAAGUACAAAAAAUCACAAGAGAAUUUUGCAAGAAGUCUCGCAAGUUACUCCAUAUUGUCCUACAUUUUCCAAAUUAAGGACAGGCAUAAUGGAAAUAUUAUGGUUGAUAAUGAGGGGCAUAUAAUUCAUAUCGAUUUUGGAUUCAUUCUAUCUAAUUCUCCCGGAAGCCUAAAUUUCGAAGCAGCCCCUUUCAAAUUCACCCAAGAAUAUGUUGAUUUAUUGGGAGGAUUUGAUUCAGUUUAUUAUGCACUUUUCCAAGAGGUUUGCAAAAAGUGCUUCAAGGCUGUCAGAAAACAUUCCGAGCAGAUAAUUGAUAUUGUUGAAUUGAUGCAAAAAGAUUCUACACUCCCUUGCUUCAAGAACGGGGAGAACACGAGUGUUUUAUUAAAACAACGGUUGCAAUUACAACUUUCAGACGAUCAGGUAGAUUCAUUUGUUGAAAUAUCGCUCAUAUCCAAGAGUCUUGGAAGUAUGUACACAAGAUUAUACGACCAAUAUCAAAUGGUCACACAAGGUAUAUAUAAUUGA